GACACGUGCCUCUCGUCAAACCGGAGAUUUCUGCACGCUGGCGCCUAAGUUCAGUUCAGCCUUCUCCUGUCUUACUCAGAAUUAUCAAAUCCAACGAAAGCUUACCGUGGCGGAACACGAUCACUGAUCGCAUGACGAAAGAGCGAAGAUUAUGUUAUAUACCACGCACCACCCCAUCAGUUUUUGCCGACCGUAUUUCCCUUGUCUCGAGAUCGGUUUCCUUACUAUUGCUCCAAGGGAAUUGAUAGCCGCAAAACGCAACCAUGGCUAGCAAGAUCAUUGCAAUCGUUGGUAUCACAGGCAAUCAGGGCAGUUCGGUCGCAGAUGUCUUCCUCAAGGAACCCGGCUGGAAAGUCCGAGGCAUCACGCGCGAUCCGUCUAAGGAAUCGGCCAAGGCGUUGGCGAGUCGCGGAGCGGAGAUGGUCGCCGGCGACCUCGACGACACCGAAUCGAUGAAGAAGGCUUUGCGAGGCGCCAACGUCAUUUUCGGCAACACGGACUUUGUGCAGUUCAUGUUUGACCCUGCAACACAAGCCCAGGCGAAGGAACAAGGCCGCGGCGUCAACGAGCUGGCGACUGAACACGAGCAAGUCCACGCCAUCAACUUGAUGGACGCCGUGGCUGCCACCGCGGAUACGCUGGACCUCUUCAUCUACAGUGCUUUCAGCGAUGCCAAGGGCUGGAGUAAGGGCAAGAUCUCGUACAACUUGCACUUUGACGUGAAAUGGGCGGCCGUCGAGCACCUGAAGGCCUCGUAUCCUCAUGUUUGGGCGAAGACGAGUCUGCUGCAGCUGGUGUUGUUCAUGAGCAACUGGAAGUCGUUUCCGUACGCGAGGCCGUGGAAGCAGAGUGACGGCACUUACCUAUAUCGGUUCCCCAUGCCCGCAGACUUCAAGAUGCCGUUGGUCGACCCGAAUGCAGACACGGGUAACUUUGUCAAGGCCCUUGUGAACCUUCCACCCCAGACGAACCUCAUGGGUGCCUCCGUAUUGACCACGUGGAAGGAGUGGUGCGAGAUCUGGGGCAAGGUGAACGGCGUCCAGUGUAACUAUGAAGAAUCAGAUCCAGCGGAACUUGAACCGAUGUUGGAGCCAGCCGGGCUGGGGCCUUUCGGAAGGGAAAUGGGAGAUGCUUUCAGGUAUAUUGUGGAAUUCGGAAACAGCGGCGGGGACCCGACUGCAGUGUGGCCUUGGGAUCUGGAUGUCAAGAUCGAGAGGACCACGCUGGAGAAGUACUUUCGGAGCCAGGAUUGGUCUUCGGUGCUUGGGUCGUAGACGUCCUGGCGUUGGGUAUAGAGACUACCUAUAUUGAAUAAGGUACAUAAGAAGUCGGUCUGUCAAUCUCACGCACUCCCGUCUGAAGCCACGCUGGGUGGUAGCUUAAGGAAUCUAAUCGCAUUUCCGUAUGCAAGAUCCGCCAGUUGCUCCGUAGUGAGGAUACCGCUGGCACCUGCACUGGUGGCCUACAUGUAGAGUAGGUAUCUCCGUCCAUGAGUAUCGUAUGAAAAGGCAGGACUCCAUCCGGAGAGAGCCCUUUGCUUGCACUCAUGCAAUAGGGAAAUUCGUCGCAGACGCUAAUGUAAAGUCGAUUGGCAGGCGGAAUGAGGG